UGGUCCGCCAAGUUUACGACGACUUCAUUUCAAAAGAUGGAUCCAACGACGAAGAACUUGCUGAUUGCCGGCGCAGUCGGGACGGCCGUUGGCGUCACGGCGCCGCUUCUCGCCUCGUCCGCUGCCGCCGCCGCAGUGCCCACGGCCAUGUCGUACUUCGGCACGGUCGUCUCGGGCGUCGGGACUAUUCAUGCUGCCGGUGGCGUUGCCGCGACGCUCCAAGUGGCGGGCGCGACCUUGUGGUCGGGCACUGCGAUGCUCUGUGGUGGCGCGACUGGCCUUGCGUCCGGCGUUGUGGCUG